AAAACUUAAUUGCACAGUUUGCCUGUAAAUCGCGAGAUGAAUCUUUUAAACUUAGUUACUGACAAUGUUUGUCAAAUAAAAACGAAAGUGCUACAGUAGCGAAAUUCAAAAAAAAUUCACAACUAAACAAGGCCUAUGUCAAAUCAGAGCAGACUGUAGACACUCAACAAGGAUGAUUCAAUGAUGACUGGACAGAGGAAAAUAUUUUGUACGGCCAGGAAGCUUCGUCAGUUGGAUUCCUAGUGGACCACAGCAGAUAGCCACCAAUGAAACAUCUAGGUGUGAACAAGCGAGCUGCUGUGUUUUUUGUUGCAUAUAAAUAUAAUAGAAUCAUAAUGAAGACUUUGUUGUACCAUCUAAUCCUUGCCUCCAUUUUUCUUUGUGGUGGACACUACUAGAAGGGAUCAGCAAGAUGGAACCAGCAGCCCUUCCUUCUUCUACCUUAUGUUCUUCCCCGGUUACACCAUAUUAUAACUUUGUCUAGAUUGGGCACAAGUUAUGAAGUUAAGCGUCUGGUUUCCAUGCUAGUUUCAAUAGGAAGCCAUGCAGCCACUCCAUUUUUCAUACAAGAAGUACAACAUUGGUUUACCCCUACCUGUCCUUGCCGUUUCUCUUGUGCUGCUGCUCUCCUUGGCCACCCCCAUCAGUUCUUGCACGGAGCAGGAGAAGACAUCUCUCCUCCAGUUCCUUGAUGGGCUCUGGAAGGAUUCUGGUCUCGCCAAGUCAUGGCAAGAAGGAACUGAUUGCUGCAAAUGGGAAGGGGUCACCUGCAAUGGAAACAAGACGGUCGUAGAGGUCUCUCUGCCAUCUAGAGGCCUUGAAGGGAGUAUCACAUCUCUUGGAAACCUCACCAGCCUGCAGCAUCUUAACUUGUCCUACAAUUCACUGUCUGGUGACCUGCCCCUGGAAUUGGUGUCAUCCAGCAGUAUCAUUGUCCUCGACAUCAGCUUUAACCAUAUCAGUGGGGACUUGCAUGAUCUACAUUCUUCAACCUCUGGCCAACCUCUAAAGGUACUUAACAUCUCAAGCAACUUGUUUACAGGACAGUUAACAUUCACAACAUGGAAGGGGAUGGAGAAUCUAGUGGUGCUCAAUGCUAGCAACAACAGCUUUACUGGGCAGAUUCCAAGUCAUUUCUGUAACAUAUCAUCAAACCUUGCUAUCCUUGAACUCUGUUACAACAAACUCAGUGGCAGUAUACCCCCAGGGCUCAGUAAAUGCUCCAAGCUCAAAGUGCUCAAGGCUGGCCACAACUACCUCAGUGGGCCUCUCCCUGAAGAACUCUUCAAUGCUACCUUGUUGGAGCAUCUCUCUUUUUCCAGCAACAGUUUACAUGGAAUACUUGAGGGCACUCAUAUAGCCAAACUCACUAAUCUGGUCAUCCUUGAUCUUGGAGAAAAUAAUUUCAGUGGAAAGGUACCCGAUUCAAUAGUUCAGCUCAAAAAAUUACAGGAACUUCAUUUGGGCUAUAACAGCAUGUCUGGGGAGCUGCCAUCCACCCUGAGUAACUGCACAGAUCUUACAAACAUCGACCUCAAGAGCAACAAUUUCAGUGGAGAACUCACAAAGGUCAAUUUCUCCAACUUACCAAAUCUAAAAAUGUUAGAUCUUAUGCGGAACAACUUCAGUGGCAAAAUUCCAGAAAGCAUAUAUUCAUGCUACAAACUAGCUGCACUGCGUCUAUCUUAUAAUAAUUUCCGAGGCCAGUUAUCAAAGGGACUAGGCAAUCUGAAGUCACUCUCGUUCCUUUCACUUGCUAGCAACAAUUUUACAAAUUUGGCAAAUGCACUUCAGAUACUAAAGAGCUCCAAAAACCUCACCACCCUUCUUAUUGGGCUCAACUUCAUGAAUGAGACCAUGCCAGAUGACAGCAUUGCUGGUUUUGAGAAUCUACAGGUUUUGGGCAUCGAAAAUUGCCUAUUGUUGGGGAAAGUGCCUCUUUGGAUAUCAAAGAUAGUAAAAUUGGAGGCGCUGUCUUUGCAAGGCAAUCAACUAAGUGGACCGAUACCAACCUGGAUAAACACCCUGAACUAUCUUUUCUAUUUAGACCUAUCAAACAACAGCCUUACAGGGGAUAUUCCAAAAGAAUUAACGAAUAUGCCAAUGCUAACUUCAGGGAAGACUGCAGCUGAUUUGGACCCAAGGAUCUUUGAUCUAACAGUUUAUAGUGGCCCAUCACGUCAAUACCGCAUACCAAUUGCUUUUCCUAAAGUGCUUUAUCUAAGCAGUAACAGGUUCACAGGUGUGAUUCCCCAAGAGAUCGGUCAGUUGAAUGCCCUCCUUUCACUCGAUAUCAGCUCAAACAACUUAACAGGACCAAUCCCCACAUCGAUAUGCAACCUCACAAACCUGCUGGCGCUAGACUUGUCCAACAAUAAUCUCACAGGUAGAAUCCCAGCUGCAUUGGAGAACCUGCACUUCCUUUCCACUUUCAACAUUUCUAACAAUAACCUGGAAGGGCCUAUUCCAACUGGCGGCCAGUUUAGCACAUUCCAGAAUUCUAGCUUUGAGGGGAACCCAAAGUUAUGUGGCUCUAUGCUUGCCCAUCGAUGCAGUUCAGCUCAAGCAUCUCCAGUCACCAGAAAAGAAAAAAAGAAGGUUAGUUUUGCAAUUGCAUUCGGCGUGUUCUUUGCAGGGAUUGCCAUUCUUCUGUUGCUGGGCUGUCUCCUUGUAUCAAUCAGGGUAAAGUGUUUAGCAGCAAAAGGUAGAAGGGAGGAUAGUGGAGAUGUUGAAACGACUUCAAUAAAUUCCAGCUCAGAGCACGAACUGGUCAUGAUGCCUCAAGGCAAGGGAGACAAAAACAAGCUCACAUUCUCUGACAUUGUGAAAGCUACAAAUAACUUCAACAAGGAGAACAUCAUUGGGUGUGGUGGUUACGGUCUAGUGUACAAAGCCGAGCUACCUAAUGGAUCCAAGCUUGCAAUUAAGAAGCUCAACAGUGAGAUGUGCCUUAUGGAAAGGGAGUUCACUGCUGAGGUUGAAGCACUCUCCAUGGCCCAGCAUGAAAAUCUUGUGCCACUGUGGGGUUAUUGCAUCCAUGGAAACUCUAGGUUCCUCAUAUAUUCUUUCAUGGAGAAUGGCAGUUUAGAUGAUUGGCUUCACAACAGAGAUGAUGAUGCUAGCACAUUUCUUGACUGGCCGACGAGGUUGAGGAUUGCCCAAGGAGCAAGCUGUGGUCUUUCCUAUAUCCAUAAUGUCUGCAAGCCGCACAUUGUCCAUCGUGACAUAAAAUGCAGCAACAUACUGCUUGACAAAGAAUUCAAAGCUUAUGUGGCAGAUUUUGGGCUGGCAAGAGUGAUACUGCCCCACAAAACUCAUGUUACGACCGAGCUGGUAGGCACUCUUGGUUACAUUCCACCUGAGUAUGGGCAUGGGUGGGUGGCUACUUUGAGAGGUGAUAUAUACAGCUUCGGAGUUGUCCUUCUUGAGCUACUCACAGGAUUGCGACCUGUUCCAGUUCUGUCAACAUCAAAAGAACUUGUCCCGUGGGUGCUGGAGAUGAGGUUUCAGGGAAAGCAAAUUGAGGUCCUGGAUCCAAUACUCCGUGGCACAGGGCAUGAAGAGCAAAUGCUGAUGAUGCUUGAAGUUGCUUGUAAGUGUGUGAAUCAUAAGCCUUCCAUGAGGCCACCUAUAAUGGAAGUAGUCUCAUGCCUGGAAAGCAUCAAUGCUGGUCUGCAGAGACAAAAGUCAACCAAGACAGAGCAGUUACCAUCCAGUUACACAUGAUGGUACUGCAGUUAAAUGAAUAGGGAGAGUAGAUAUAAUUUUCACUAGAGGUACCGGUUUGAGUUGGGCUAGUACUACACUACAUCCUGUACAGUUUCUUGCACAUUAUAAAAAUAGAUUUUGAGGAAGAUAAGUACGCAUCCCCCACCUAUUUUUUUUAAGUACUAGUAACAUGUAUGCUCUGGUCAGUUUGUAGAAGUAUUUUGGAAAAGCAAAAGCAAGUGAAAAACGAAUGUACUUGCUGAGUU